GGACGGGAACCCCCGUGUCCCUGAAUUCAAACUUCGGCUGUUAAUCCGUGACUACCUCUGUAUAAACCAUGCGAAACAAAGUUCUCAAAGGCCCGACCGCAAUCCGAUCCAAAGGCGGCCUUUUCGAUUCACCAGGACGCCCGGGACCAACACAAUCCCUCUUCCGUGACCAUCGUCCCGUCAGAGACAGCACCGGCUGCGACACCAACCAACAAGUCGACGCCGGGCAAGGCGUCCAAGUCCCUGCAUGAGCGGCUCUCGUCCCGUUCAACCCUCACACCUGCGUCCCAAGGCACCAUCAACUCCGCCAUGUCCCGGACGCCAACAGGCGGAGCCGAUGGGAAAGCGGUGCCCUCCGCGCCCGCCUCUUCCUUGUCCCCGCGCACCACCACGCCGAGCCGCGCGAACUCGACGAUUCGAGCAGUGCCAAGUGUCGACGACCGGCAGAGGUCCUCAGAGGAAGAUUCCGGCACCGAGGGAACGCAGUCGCACGCAACCUCACGAGAUUCCGGCUUCUCCAGCUCGCUCAAUAGCACGGCCAGCAUCGCCUCAUCAAACCCUCCGCAGCGCAUACCAGCGACAACGUCAACAGGGAUACCCAGGAUGCCGUCCUACAACAAGCUGAAGCUCAACCCCUCGGACUUGGCACAGAGCAGCGGGGAUGUCCUCUCCGACGGGACAUCGCUACCGUUGAGACGGGGGCCCAGUUUCGGCGACAUACCCACACGCGAGAGCAGUCUCAACGCAACAACAACAACGACGGCCUCCUCUUCUCAAUCGAUCGACGCCGGCGGAUUCACCGAAGCCUCGCUCGCCGCCACCGAAGCGCAGCUCUCCAGCGGCUGGGACAACUCGGUCGGCAAGGCCGGGUUGGGCAAGACGGGCCGGGUCAUCAACCGCCUGGUGUCGGACAACGAGGCGCUCAGGCGCGACAUCCAGAUCGAGCGCCUCCGCGCCGAGGAGUCCCGGCAGGCCGCCCGCCUGCUCGAGGACAAGCUGGAGCGCGUCAUAUCCGACUACGAGUCGCGCCUGCUCGAGGCGAGCGUGACCAAGACGCUGCUGGCGCGUAAGGAGCGCCAGGUCGAGUCGCUGCAGGACGCCAUCGAGCUGGAGCGCCGCCGCGCCGACGCCGCCGCGGGCCGCGAGCGCGCGUGGAAGGACGAGCUCGAGACGGCCCGCGCCGAGGCCAAGCGCAAGGUCGACGAGGCGACCAACUACGCGGCCCUGUGCGAGGGGCGGUACAACGCCAUCAGCAGCCACUGGAAGGACCAGGGCGAGGAGGUGCGCCGGUCGAUCGGCCGCAUGCGCCGCGAGGUCCAGGCCCUCGUCGAGGAGCGCAGGCGGGACGACGAGAAGAUCGAGACCCUGCGGGAGCUCUGCGACCAGCAGGACGGCAACAUCCGCGAGCUCCGCCGCCAGAAGGACGAGAUCCUCGCCCAGUUCGAGCGCUACAAGGCCGAGCAGGAGGAAGGCCUGCGCGAGAUCAAGCGCAGGGCCGAGGAGAGGGAGAGGGAGCAGGAGAGGACCCUGCAGGAGGCCAGGGAGGUCCUCAACAAGCUGCGCUGGGCGCUCAACGUCAAGGAGAAGAUCGAGUGGGCCCAGUAGACACGUUGCUCUCCAGAGAGAGAGAA